UCACGCUGCCUCCUCACUAGCUAAGCUCGGGAAUCCUAAGUAAGUGAAAGCUUAGCUAGCUUCGCAUAAAUCCAGCUCUCUCUUGCUAAUGGCGGGCGUCGAGGUCUCCAAGCCGUCGAGGCGCCUGUCGCCGAAGGGGAGCUUCAAGCUGAGCCUGCCCAGCCUGCUGGCGUGCGGGCAGUGCAAGGCCACGGCCGUCUCGCCGCCGGAGUCCCCCACGGGCGUCGGCGCGAGGUCGUUCUCCUCGUCGGCGUCGUCGUCGGCGGGGACGUCCCGGGGGAGGGAGCGCGACCGCCUGGCGGAGCUCCGGGAGAUCUUCGGCCACUUCGACCGCGACAUGGACGGGCGGAUCUCCGGCGACGAGCUCCGCGAGUUCUUCGCGUCCAUGGGCGACGACUCCGGCGCCGCCGCCGCCGCCGCCGCGGCGAUGGGGCUCGACGGCGCGGCGGGCGGCGGCGAGAGCGGCGGCGGCGGUGGCGGGCUGAUGCUGGCGUUCGAGGACUUCGUGCGGAUCGUGGAGCGGAAGGGCGGGGAGGAGGAGGAGCGGGAGGACCUGCGGCGCGCGUUCGGGGCGUUCGAGGCGGUGAAGGGGUCCGGGAGGAUCACGCCGCGCGGGCUGCAGCGCGUGCUCAGCCAGCUCGGCGACGAGGCGUCCGUCGCCGAGUGCGAGGCCAUGAUAAGCGCCUACGACGACGACGGCGACGGCGAGCUCGACUUCCACGACUUCCACCGCAUGAUGAGCCAAGACUAAGCUAUAGCUCCGCCGUGCGUGCGUGUUCCGCGCGCGCCGUCCGUCGCCGCGUCGUCACGAGGAAAUUUGCCUCCGCGGGUUCGAUCGUGUCUGUUCGUGUGUGUGCUGUUGUGUACGUGUUCGUGCGGGUUGUGGGAGGCCGGCUGUGACUAUGUGAGAUGGAGUGUGUGUUUUGGUCGCGUGAUCGUAUCGAUGUGCGUGCGUGCGUGCGUGCGUGCACGCCGCGCGCGGCGCGGCGUCGUACGGUUGUCUGCUUCGAUCGGUCGAUCUAUGUAUAUGGUGCACGAACGCGGGACGCCUUAGCAAUUUAGCUGUGCUUUGUUUAACACGAAGCCAGCAUGAGUACUAGUAAAAAAAAUUCCCUUGUACCUCUAGCUAGGGGCAGUAUCUGUUUUGUCUUCUUCCA